CAAUUCACGCGUCUUCAUCUUAUCUUCAUCUCUCUAUAUAUAUCAUACACAAAAAGAGAAAAAGACACAAAAAAAUCAAAAGCACAUAGACACAGAGAGAAGAAAUUAACCAACAAAAAUGGCUUUGAAGGAUACGUUUUACAUCUCACAUGGAUCACCAACGUUGUCGAUAGAUGAAUCGAUUGUGGCGAGGAAGUUUCUACAAUCAUGGAAGAAGGAUGUGUACGGAGAGAAACCUAAAUCAAUUUUGAUUAUUUCUGGUCAUUGGGAUACAACUGUUCCGACCGUUAACGUUAUUCAGACCAACAAUGAUACCAUCUAUGACUUCUAUGGUUUUCCCAAACCUAUGUACCAGCUUAAAUAUCCAGCACCUGGAGCUCCGCAUUUAGCCAAAAGGGUAAAGGAACUACUCAAAAACUCCGGUUUCAACCGCGUCGACGAAGAUAAAAAGCGAGGACUUGAUCAUGGUGCUUGGGUUCCACUCAUGUUAAUGUAUCCAGAAGCAGACAUUCCAGUUUGUCAGCUUUCAGUUCAAUCUAACAUGGAUGGAACUUACCAUUAUAACAUGGGAAAAGCAUUGGCACCUCUUAAAGAUGAAGGUGUAUUGAUAAUAGGUUCUGGAAGUGCAGUUCAUAAUUUGGGAGCACUUAACUUUCACAGCGGUGUUGCUCCUUGGGCCUUAGAAUUCGAUAAUUGGUUGAAAGACGCUCUUAUUGAUGGAAGAUAUGAAGAUGUGAAUCAUUAUGAACAAAAGGCGCCGCAUGCGAGGAAGGCUCAUCCACAUCCAGAUCAUUUUUAUCCAUUGCAUGUUGCAGUUGGUGCUGCUGGUGAAAAUUCAAAGGCUAAACUUAUUCAUAGUAGUAUUGAACUGGGAACUCUCUCUUAUGCUUCUUACCAGUUUACUUCAGAUUCUAGCUAAACUUGUGUACUUUAAUGCAUAAAUAAAUUUAUUGUUCAGUCAUGAAUAUGUGUUGCUUGGAAGUUCAGUUAUGUUUAUGUGUUGUGAAAUAUUAAUGUAAAGAAUGAAUGCAUUGUUAUGCAUAAAAAUGAUUUAAGUACUUUUCUUAUUGUUGAGAUGUUGGAUGAUUCAUUUU